GCCCGGCGUACAAGACGAAGCUGUGCAAGCUGUGGAGGACCAGGGGCGGCUGCUCCCGCGCCUCCUGCGGCUUCGCCCAUGGCGAGGCCGAGCUCCGGAGGCCCCCUCCCCGUGCCUCGUUCCAGCCUCGCCCUCGACCUGGUAUAGACCCAACGUAUCUCCUUCCUUCCCUCCACGACCUCAUUCUCGAUCCGCGCUUAAUUGGUCUUUUUAGGGCUUUGCAACGCCUUAUUGAUUUCUUCGUUAUUGUGUUGUACCCAAGAUGCGCUCCAUAUUGUAAGAAUCUUACGGCAGAUUUAGGUUGUGGAUGGCUUCAGUCCUUCUAAGAGAGGAAGGAUGUGUUUUUUUAAAGAUGCUCCUUUUGUCUGGUCAUUGGAUCGAGUUGUAUCUUCAGAUAAUGGUUGUUCGUCGGAAACAUUGGGAAAAGUGUGAAAUUGCUGGCUGUUCAGGGAAGAACAAGAGAUGGUAGUGCUGUCUGAAGCGCACGUUUCUGCAGAAACUGUGGAUAUGUUCUUGUCCCAGGAGCAGAGCUAGUAAACUGGGAAAAUUGUUUGAGGAAGUCUAACAACAUACAAGAGCACCCUUGGAGGAUAUACAAGCGGUUGCAAUUGUAAUAGCUGAUCAUGUUCCGAGCAUUUCUAGUUUCUUCUUGAGGCUGAGAGAACUCUGCACUUCUAUAGCGUAAUAUUAUAAUGGUUUGGUACCAGAAUCAUUUCUAUCAAUUUGUAUUUCACCUCCUUGCUUUAUGGUGCAUAUAUGAUCUACUACCUUUUCUAUAUAGUACUUGAGUUGAAUGCCAGUUUUUGCAGAACUAAAAAUUACCAACAAGCCUGAUUUUGUUGCAGAAAAAACGUGGCAUUCUUGCUGGUUGUUCUAUUGAUUUUACUACUGUUCGAAUUAGCUAUCACCUGGGCAAAUUUGUUGGUAUUGACUGCUUCCAGAGGAUGACACGUCCUAUUUGUAUUGCUGGCCAUUUUUAAAUUGGCAACCAGUCAUUUUAUGGUCACUUGAAUGCAAUCUAUUUCAGAAGAACUUAAUCUGAGAGAUAUCAUGCAGUUUAUCUUCUCAAUCAGGUUCAUGUUAUGGCCAAUGUGCUUUAACCUUGUCGUUAGGAGCUUUUGCAACUAACUGAUACACACUCUUUGAAUGUACUGUGUCAAGUUCUCUUCUUGGGCUUUAUUCUUGCCUGUCCUCCCAAACAUUAUCACAGAACAAGGUGUUUUGACAGUCAUAUAUGGAUAACAUCUGAAAAAGUGAAAUUAAAUUUAUGGUGACGUUGGUGUUAUCGAAGAUUGCAUGAUCAAAUUUUGGAGAUUCCAUCGAAUUCACUUCAGAUGACUGGUAUUCCAAGUGCUGGAUCUAUUUUAAGUGGUGAAUCAUGAUUCAUGAUCAUGUAUUCGGUAUCUCCUCUUGCAUAGUCGUAUUGGCUCUGCUGUUUAAUGGUCUACAGGCUACAGGGUUAUCCUGGACCCUCUGCUACUUAUAGCUAAUUGAAUAAUCAUAUGGCUCAAGGGAGACGAGACUCCAGUGAUCAUGACUUUAGAGUCAGGCCUGAGAGAAGACAUUCACCCCGUGGGAGGUAUUCCACUGAAAGAGAUACCAGAGGUCAUUCAUUUCGUGAUCAGAAACCAAGUUCUCAAGAUAGGGGAUCUAGUCAUUCAAGAUCACCUAUUAGGAAGAGUGAGAGAAAGCAUAGGAAAAGUCCUGAUGGUGGAAAAACUGAUUCAUCAGAAAGUUUCAGAACCUCUGAUAAUGAAGACAGUGAAAAGGAUGAAAGACACUCCAGCAGUGAUGAGAAAAAGGAUUGUGAACCACAGCCUAAACAAAUUCAUAUGGAUGUGGAAGCAUUACUUGAAGAUAAAUCUAAACUGGAGAUGAUGUUGGAGAAGAAGAUUGAAGAAGUGAGCAAACUUUCUAGCAUAAUAGGUGAUCUUGAAUCACAAUUGGACGAAGUGAAAGAAGAUUGCCAAAGGAUGACCUCCAAAACAAAGAAAGUCAUCAAAGCACAUGGGCGUUACAUGAAAGCACGGGAGGAUUUAAAGAGGUCUCAAGCGCGUUUUGAGAGGUUGGCAGAUUUGCUUGCUUCAGACACUUUGAAGCCUUGUACCAAGGAGCAAGGUUCCAGUGGGAAUGCCAAUGAAGAUCAAUAUAAUGCUUUGGAAAUGAGCCCAAAUGAUCGACGACAGAAUCAUGUUUCAACAGCUAAAAAAAGAUCUAUUGUCCUCUCAACAAGUGAAGAAACAAAAACUGGGAAAAAAAGGAGAGAGAGUGAUGAUGAUAUUAUGAUCCCAAUGUCUGUGAAAUAUAGACAAGAAGAUGCUCUUGAACCCUUUAACAAUAGUAAGGGAAAUGGUACACCGAAAUCGUUUUCUGCACAGAAGAAAUUAGGGGAGGGUGACUACAAAGAGGAAAGAAACAUUGUUUCUUUAAGUAAUGUUUUUACAAACAGGUACAAUGGCGAAGAUGAGGAGGUCCAUGUUGAUUAAGCAGAUGGUGUUUGUAAUUGGACAAAGAUUUGAGCUGUAUGUAAUCACUUGAUCAGAUGGCGUCGAUGUCCAGCAACUUCUGAAACUACUACUUGCAUCUUCUAGUAUGGUUUAUGCUUCGGGCAAUAGGAGCUUAACAUCUCGGUAUAUGUUCUUGUGUAGUAAUUUCUGGGAAGUCGAAUUUCCAUGUUGUCAAACAAGUAGGUUCAUGAUGCUUGCAUUUGCUUAAAUUUUUACCUUUUUAUGUUCCCUGGAUUCUUUAAGAUGCUACCGAUAUGUACAACAAACUUAUGUGGUACCCUUAACUAGUUUGAGAUUUUUGGAUU